AUGACCUUCGUUCACCAGCCCUUCCGUAACCACAAUGGCAAGAAGCUGAGCCUUCUUGAUAUGCCGACGGAGAUCCGCUACAUGAUCUACACCUGUCUGUUCGUCGAGGGUCCAUCCAACCACAACACUACGGUCAACAUGCGUACAGACGCCUUCCACCUCUCGCGCCCUCAGGACUGUCAUGUCCGCCCCUUCGCGGCGGACUUCAACUACAACAGUCUCGGUAUCUUUGCUACCUGCAAGAGCAUCUACCAGGAGGUCAAACCAGUCUUCUGGGCUUACGCCACCUUCGUCUUCGAGACGACCGCCGAGCUGGACAUCUUCCUGCAACAACGCAGCAUCUACCGUGGCCCCCGUCUUCUCACCAACCUGGCCCUCGUUCAGUAUGUUCGUCUGGUCAACGACGACAUCAACAACGUCGACCACGUCUUUCGCGAGCGUGUCCUGUCCCGCCUGGCCAACGGGCAGAGCAUUGUGUCGCUGGUCAUCCAGCACGGCGUCAACUGGCCAUGCUGGUGUGAGAGAUGCCAGGACGUUCAGGAGGUUUUUGACGUGGAGUGGAAAGAGAGAUGGGCAGAGCGUGUGGUGGAGGAAGCAAGAAUCGAAGAGCUGGAAGAACAGCACGAAGGUGGUCUUGAGCAGACUCUGGCGGAGAACGAGGAGGACAUGAAGGGUUUUGAGCACCUUUUUGAGGCGGAUUGA